UCCUCGAUAACCACUGGGAUAUUAACUCGUAUUUAAAUAUUUUUUGAGAAAAAAUCCAAAAUGUCGGGUGUGUAAUUGUUCCUAGUUGCAAUAGUAUUAAAGACGUUCUUCAAGUGAUUUUGAGACAGUUUAACGGAUUUUUUUGUGAUUUUUAAAAAUGGGUUUCGAUUUUAAUAGAAGACAAUGGCUGACGAUCAUUGUAAUAUCUAUAGCUGAUUUUUGUAACGCGAUUUGUGUUGCGUUACAAGCACCGUUUUAUCCUUUAGAGGCAGAAAGAAAAGGAUGUUCAGCAACAGAAUACGGCUUGGUGUUCGGUAUUUUCGAGCUGGUGGUGUUCCUGGUCAGCCCUCUGUACGGGGCGCACCUCAACCGGAUCGGGCCCAAGCUGCUCUUUAAUGGGGGCAUUCUUACUACUGGCACUUGUGCUAUACUCUUUGGUUUACUAGAUAAAGUCGAGGGUCAUAUCCCGUUCAUCACGCUGAGCUUCGUGAUCCGCAUCGUGGAGGCCAUGGGAAAUGCUGCCUUCCUCACAGCAUCCUUCGCCAUCAUCGCCAAGGAGUUCCCAAACAACGUGGCCACCAUGUUUGCGUCAUUAGAAACGUUCUUCGGGCUAGGCCUGAUAGUCGGGCCUACACUUGGAGGAGCUCUGUAUGGCCUGGGAGGCUACACGCUGCCGUUCGCAGUAUUGGGCUCUGCGCUCUUCUGUGCUGCGCUGAUGAGCUGCCUCGUUCUGCCGAGGGGCAACGACGAUGAAGAUGUCAAGCCUACAGGAGGACCAACCAUGAUAUCGCUGCUAAAGGUCCCUGGCGUGUUCAUAGCGGCAAUCAGUAUCAUCUGCACGAGUAUGAGCAUCGGUUUCCUGCAGGCAACUCUUGAGCCACAUCUGAGACCGUUCCACUUCUCCCCCGCGGUUUUGGGGCUGAUGUUCGUGAUUAACGGCGGCGUGUACGCGGGUUCGGCUCCCUGCUGGGGCUGGCUGUGCGACCGGCCCUUCUUCAAGCCGAAGUACGUCACCGCCAUCGGCUGCGCCUUCGUCGCUGCUGGGUUCAUGCUGAUCGGACCGGCGCCUUUUAUUGGCAAUGAAUCGCAACUGUGGAUGACUGUGACAGGUCUGGUGCUGCAUGGCCUGGGAAUGGGCAGCCAAUUGGUGGCUUCCUUCUCCGACGCUCUUAGCACUGCUAUAGCGAGUGGCCUUCCAAACUCUAUAGAGACUUACGGCCUGGUGUCCGGGAUGUGGACAUCCACGUUCGCCCUCGGCGCCUUCAUCGGGCCCACCGUGUCCGGGGUGCUAUAUGACUACAUAGGAUUCCAGAGCUCAACUGUCUUCGUGUUUAUUCUGCAUCUCUUUGUGAUGGUGGUAGUUUGCCUGUUCCUAUGGACUUGCGACAUGUCAUCCAAGAUGGACGUGUCGGUGUCUGCCGGCGACCUCCUACAGCUUGACGGGACCCUGGAUGAGAGUGUGCUGGUGGGAGACAAGUUCCUGCCACCGCCGGUCAGGACUAAGAGCCGUCGCUGCGGCAUCAGCAUGGAACAGUCCAGGCCUCCAGGCAUGAACAGUCUGAUCGCCUGCUCCAGCUACAAGAACCGAAGGAGCCCCUGGACCCAGAGGACCCCGCGGUACCGGCCCACGUACGGCAGCCUGGACCACAGUCCUCGUAAGUACACGUUUCGGCCCCUCCCAAGGCUUGCUACUGAGCCCGAUCUUCGGCUCGUCUUUUAUAACAGCUCUCGGCACUACUGCUCGUACAGCCGUUUCGUAUUACUUGACGGCGGUCUACACAACGUCUGCCCAGUUCAUUGUAACAAAUAAUUACAUCUUCCUUGUAAAUAGUUUAAGUGUAGUUGUAACCAGUACAAACGUAAGAGUGUUUUAUGAUAUUGUAAAUAUUAUAAAAAUAA